GAGAAAUAAAUUGAAAUAUGCCGAAGAUUGUGGGAAGACUGAUGCAGUUAUUGAUGUUCAAGUCAAGGGCAUUUUUCCAAGGCAAUCAGAAUGUCUGCAGGCAUUUGUAUGAGAAGGCCAGGGGUGAGGAGAAUAUACACUUCCUUAAACUGCAAAGAGACCAGCUCAAAAUGUUGCGCCACAGGAUUCUCAGCCAGAAGAAUGAUAUCACAACAAAAAUGAUUAAAAUGGAUUCGCAAAUACAAUCAUUGGAGAAAGCCACCCAACCAGAUGGCGGUCAAAAAUUCAAAAUUUCUGAUACUUAAAAUCACUUGAAAUCAUUUUGGGAAAAUAAAAACAAUUGAAAAAAACGGCAAUGA